UGGCGCAUCGCGCCAUGUCCCGAGGCGACGACGACGCGCUCGACGCGCUCGACGCGCUCGACGCGCUCGACGCGACGCGCGAGCCGUGGCGACUCGGACACGAUCGAGCGUUGAUCGAACGCGCGCGCGCGAGCGACGCGCGAGCGCUGGAGCGGUGCGCGCGAACGGCGACCGCGGUCGAUGGAAACGCGCUGGAGACGUCGUACGCGACGUGCGAGAUCGCGAGCGUGAGCUGUGGAUUCAGAAUCUUGAGCAAUUCGCAGUUUUUGGAAAAGCGCGUCGACGAACGAGACGACGACGACGACGAGGUCGACGGCGUUGGAAAAGAAAGCGCGCGCUCGGCGAGCGAAACGAAAGAAAACGAGGAUGGAGAAACGCCGGAGGCGUACGCGGAGGCGGCGCGGCGGGCGAUGGAGGCGAUACGUGGACGGUGGGCGGAGACGCGCGACGGCGGGUUGGCGCUCACGGGGAACGAGCAUUGGCGACCGUUGCCGGCGGUGAUCGGCACGACGGCGUACUAUCACGACGAAAGCUGUGGGUUGGAUCCAAAGGUGGCGAAAAAUCCGAAUCCGGCGCGGUGGGGGACGUACAUAUCGAGCGAUGACGAGGACUCGAGCGAGGUGAGCGAAGAUUCGAGCGACGAGUUCGAGAGCGAUAUCUCGAGCGAAUUCGUGAGCUCGACGUCGAGCGAGGGGGAGUAUUCGGACAUGGAGGAUAACUUAGCGGACGUUGAAAAUAACUUUGGUGACGUCGAUGGGUCGUAUGCGUUGGCUGGCGCCGGCGGCGAUGGCUUGUUUUCGAGCGUCGGUUUGUCGUCGGCGACGACAGCCGCGAAGAAGGCGGCGCCGUCCUACGCGUUAUCUUUCGACGAUGUGUUCGGAGACGACGUUCGCAAAUCAAAAGGCGGAUUAUUUGAUGACGUCGAAGGUGACGACGGUGGUCUCUUCGGAGGCGCGAGCGGGAAAGCGCCUUUGGCGUCCGCGCCCGCGCCUUUGGCGUCUGCGCCUGCGAAACCGCCCGCGGCGGCGCCGAAAAAGCCGAAAGGAUUGUUCGAUUCCGAUUCCGAUGACGACGACGGCGAUUUGUUCGGAAUUACCAGACGUCCGUCGGGAGGCGACUUGUUUUCGGAGCCGAUCACCGAUCCCCUCGACGCGUUGAAAUCGGUGGAAUCUAAGAAAACAGACGCAAAAACGCUUGUGCCGCCGUCGUCCGCCGUGGCGUCCAUGUCGAUCGCGGUACCGGAGCCGAAAAAGUCACCAACGGCAUUGUUUGAUUCAGAUUCAGACUCCGACGACGGAGGGCUCUUCUCCACGAAGCCGAAGGAAGUGAAGAAGGCGCCUCCGCGCGAAGGCUUGUUCGAUUAGUACAUCACCUUAGGAUAGUCAUAGAUAGA